AUGGUGUCCUCGACCGCGGUCACGACCAAGGUGGCCUCUGGGUCUCCCUACCAGCUCGAGACGAGCCAGGUUUCCAAAGCUUCUUCUGCGCUUUUGCGACACAUCAAAUCGAAGCAGUUGGACAAGGAGAAGUCAGCAACUAAGAAGACUCUUAUUGGAGACAACGACGACUCCGACGAUGAGACACCACUUAACAACGAAGCAAUCUGGCUCGUAGUCACCACCAAGAAGCACGUUGUCGACAAGAACCGCUUGAAGCCCGGGAAGAUCCGCAUCCCACACUCUCUGAACGACUCACCCAAUCUCAGCGUUUGCCUUAUCACUGCCGACCCGCAGCGCGCGGUCAAGAACAUCGUUGCCGAUCCGUCGUUCCCUCAACAUCUGACUUCCCGCAUCGAUAAGAGCUUCGAGAGUCGGCGACAACUCCUGUCAGAGCAUGAUGUUUUCCUGGCGGAUGACCGGAUCAUCAUGCGCUUGAUUAAUACCCUUGGAAAGGUGUUCUACAAGUCCAGCAAGCGGCCAAUCCCUGUUCAGCUCGCCGAGGUGAAGAAGGUAGAUGGCAAAAGAUUGAAGAAGGACCAGAAGCCGAAGUCAAAGGAGGAGGAUAGCACUUUUGCUACUCCUGCCAUAGUUGCGAAGGAGAUCGAGAAGGCUCUCAACUCCGCGCCUGUCCAGCUGGCUCCCGCCACCACCGCCGCCAUCCGUAUUGGUUCCUCUAAGCUUACUUCGGAGCAGCUGGCUGAGAAUGUGGAAGCUGUUGUCAAAGGCUUGACUGAUAGGUUUAUUUCGAAGGGCUGGAGGAACGUCAAGGCUAUCCAUAUCAAGGGCGCCAACACUAUGUCCAUGCCUAUUUGGUUAGCAAACGAACUGUGGGUUGAGGACGGUGACGUAAUUGAGGACGCCGCCGAGGAUGAUGCGAAGGCCCUUGAAGGUGGCAAGAAUAAGAAGCGCAAGCAGAUUGCAGAGGAUGAGAAGCCACUUGAAGGGAAUAAGAAGGCUAAGAAGCCCAAGGCUGCUGAUGAGGAUGAUGACGCUGCCGCAAGGAAAGAGAAGCUUCAGAAGCAGAAGGCCAAGGCCCUGGAGGAUGGCAAUGCCAAAACUACAGAGCCCGCUACAAAAGCUGGCAAGAAGAAGAGACAGCAUUCGGCCCUUCGUGCCGUCCGCUCGCAACUCGCCCCGCGGGCUUUCAACCAGCCGACAGCCUCUGCGCUCGCCCGCCUUCUCUCCACCUUGGCCGUCCUCGAACAGCGUGAUGGCAAGCUUCAGGGCUCGUCGCUCUCCGCGAUUGCGGCUGCACAAAAGCUAGGAGGACCUGUUACUGCUUUUGUGGCUGGAACCGGCGUUAAGGGAACCUCGGCUGCGGAGGCAGCUAAGAUUAAGGGCUUGGACAAGGUGGUGGCCGUGGAGAGCGAGGCCUACGAGAAGGGCCUCCCGGAGAACUACGCUCCCCUCCUCGUCGAGAACAUUAAGAAAGGCGAAUAUACCCACAUCAUCGGCGGCCACUCCGCUUUCGGAAAGAGUUUGCUCCCUCGUGUGGCAGCUUUGCUGGAUGUUCAGCAAGUGUCCGAUAUCACUGGGAUUGAAAGCGAGGAUACUUUCGUCCGCCCUAUCUAUGCCGGAAAUGCCAUUCUUACUGUUCAAUCGAGCGAUCCUAUCAAGGUGAUCACUGUGAGAGGCACUGCCUUCCAGGGUCUUGAGACUGAGGGUGGAUCUGCAGAGAUUGUUGAGGGAGUCGACCCGAAGGCCCCAGCCCAGACCGAGUGGGUUUCUGAGGAGCUUGCCAAGUCUGAGCGCCCCGACCUGGGUACCGCAUCUCGUGUUGUGUCUGGUGGCCGUGGCUUGAAGUCGAAGGAAGAAUUCGACCGGGUGAUUGUGCCUCUGGCUGAUACGCUUGGAGCCGCUAUUGGCGCUUCCCGUGCUGCUGUUGACAGCGGCUUCGCUGAUAACAGUCUUCAGGUUGGCCAAACUGGCAAGAACGUUGCACCUCAGCUGUACCUCUGCGCGGGUAUUUCCGGUGCUAUCCAACAUCUUGCUGGUAUGAAGGAUAGCAAGGUUAUUGCUGCUAUCAACAAGGACCCUGAUGCUCCUAUCUUCCAGGUUGCGGAUGUCGGUCUUGUCGGUGACCUUUUUGAGAAGGUUCCCGAGUUGACCGAGAAACUGAAGAACCAGGCUUAG